UGCCGCCACCAUGAAGAAGCAAUUCAACUGCAUGAAGCAGCUGGCCAACCAGACCGUGGGCAGAGCCGAGAAGACAGAGGUCCUCAGUGAAGAGUUACAGAUCGAGCGGCGCCUGGACACGGUUCGGUCAAUGUGUCACCAUUCGCACAAGUGUCUGAUGGCAUGUUUCCAGGGCCAGCAUGGCACCGACGCUGAGAGGAGAUAUAAAAAACUCCCGCUGACCACUCUCGCGCAGAACAUGCAGGAAGCAUCAACUCAACUGGAAGAGUCUCUGCUGGGGAAGAUGCUGGAGACGUGUGGUGAUGCCGAGAAUCAGCUGGCUCUAGAACUUACACAGCAUGAAGUCUUUGUUGAGAGAGAGAUUGUGGAGCCUCUGUGCAGCAUAGCAGAGGUGGAGAUUCCCAACAUCCAAAAACAGAGGAAACAGCUCGCUAAAUUGGUGUUAGACUGGGAUUCGGUCAGAGCCAGGUGGAACCAGGCUCACAAAUCUUCAGGAACCAACUUCCAGGGGCUUCCGUCAAAAAUAAAUACCCUAAAGGAAGAGAUGGAUGAAGCUGGAAAUAAAGUAGAACUGUGCAAGGAUCAACUUGCCGCAGACAUGUACAACUUUAUGGCUAAAGAAGGGGAGUAUGGCAAAUUCUUUGUUACGUUAUUAGAAGUCCAAGCAGAUUACCAUAGAAAAGCAUUAGCAGUCUUAGAAAAGGCCCUUCCCGAAAUGCGAGCCCAUCAAGAUAAGUGGGCGGAAAAGCCAGCCUUUGGGACGCCCUUGGAGGAACACCUGAAGCGGAGCGGCCGUGAGAUUGCCCUGCCCAUCGAAGCCUGCGUCAUGCUGCUCCUGGAGAAGGGCAUGAAGGAGGAGGGCCUUUUCCGAAUUGGGGCUGGGGCCUCCAAGUUAAAGAAACUGAAAGCUGCUUUAGACUGUUCUACUUCUCACCUGGAUGAGUUCUACUCUGACCCCCAUGCUGUUGCAGGUGCUUUAAAGUCCUAUUUACGGGAACUGCCUGAACCUCUGAUGACUUUUAAUCUGUAUGAAGAAUGGACACAAGUUGCAAGUGUGUAUUCUGAUCAAGACAAAAAGCUUCAGGAUUUGUGGAGAACAUGUCAAAUUCCACCACAAAAUUUUGUUAACUUUAGGUAUUUAAUCAAGUUCCUUGCAAAGCUUGCUCAGACCAGCGACGUCAAUAAAAUGACUCCCAGCAACAUUGCAAUUGUGUUAGGCCCUAACUUAUUAUGGGCCAAAACUGAAGGAACUCUGGCUGAAAUGGCAGUGGCCACCUCUGUCCACGUGGUCGCGGUCAUCGAGCCCAUUAUCCAGCACGCCGACUGGUUCUUCCCUGAAGAGGUGGAAUUUAAUGUAUCAGAAGCAUUUGUGCCUCUCGUCACCCCAAAUUCCAAUCACUCAUCUCACAUUGGAAAUGACUCUGACUCAGGGACCCUCGAGAGAAAGCGGCCUGCCAGCAUGGCGGUCAUGGAAGGGGACUUGGUGAAGAAGGAGAGUCCACCAAAACCCAAGGACCCCGCACCUGCCCCUGCCCCAGCGAGAAACAGCAAUCAGAUGGCCACUGGCCAGAACCAGGCCCAGACCACAGCUGGCUCCCAUCAGCUCUCUGUCGGCCCAGGGCACAAUUCCGCAGGCCCUAGCCCGCACACUCUGCGCCGAGCUGUUAAAAAACCUGCUCCUGCGCCCCCGAAACCAGGAAACCCACCUCCUGGCCAUCCCGGGGGCCAGAGUUCUCCAGGAACAUCUCAGCACCUACCCAGCCUGUCACCAAAGCCAACCAUGCGAAGCCCUUCUCCUCCCGCCCAGCAUGUGGGCCAGGCCCCCUGCCAGCCCUGCACCACCUCUCAGCCUUCUGCACCCCGGAGGUACUCGAGCAGUCUGUCCCGCAUACAAGCUCCCAGUCACCCACCACCGCAGCCCCCAACGCAGGCCGCGCUGCUGGGGCACAGCAAACCGAGUAGCCAGGGCCAGCCCGCUCCCGUGGCUUUGCCCAGUGAGCCUGGACUUGAGCAGCCGCUUCACACCCCUCCCCAGACUCCAACGCCCCCCAGUACUCCACCUUUAGGAAAACAGAACCCCAGCCUGCCAGCUUCUCAGGCCCAGGCGGUGAGUAAUCCCGAGAUGGCACAGCCACACACCGGAACCUUACCAAGACCAAGACUAGUACCAAAGCCAAGGAACCGACCCAGCAUGCCUCCACCCCCACAUCCUCCUGGUGCCCACUCGGCUGGGGAUGGUACCCUCACCAAUGCUGCUCCCACUGCCUCCAAAAUAGUCACGGACACCAGUUCUAGAGUUUCAGAGCCGCUUCGCAGCACCUUUCCUGACAUGCAUUCAGACUCAGCCAGCAAAGACCUGCCCCGACGCAUUCUGUUGGAUAUAGACAACGAUACAGAAAGCACCGCCCUGUGAAGAAAGCCACGCCCCCGCCCCGCCCCCUUCCACUGUGGAGCCCGGAACCGGGCAGGUGCAUGGUUCUCUCCGCAGUCCAAACAGUGAAGAGCUUUCAGUGAAGGGAAAAAGAAGGUCUGGCAUGCAGGCCUUUGCCUUCCCACAGCCUCAGGAGAAGGUGGAGGCUGACACUUUAAGCUGAAUGAUCUGUGUCUUUGAAGAAGUUGGUUUUCUUUAACGGGAAAGAAAUCAUGCCAAAAAAUUAAAAAAAAAAAAAUUUAAAAAGAAAGAGAAAAAAAGAAAAAAGAAGUACCUAGAAUGGAAGGAGUAUUACUGCUGAGACGCGCCUAGGAAGCUUUGUCACUGCCGUUGAGGCAGGUGGCAUAAAAGGCAAUUUGGAAUGAAGAAGAAGUAGUGCGUGAACAAUCUAUUUAAUAAAAUACAUGCAUUAUGCAAAUCGCCUACUUCCUGCUACUUGGACUUUCGUUCUUAUAUAUUAGGAGGGAGGUUCUUCUCCUUCACCAUUGCUGCAGAAUCGUUUUGUAUGAAGUAUGGUCGUCCCUCCCCAACCCCCUCCAAACCGUGCGCAUUGAUGGUGACUGCUGGAUCUGUCACCUCAGCAAGCUGGAUGUGACUUGUGCCUUGUUGGAUCGCCAGAAUGUAGAAGGAAAUGUACUGUUCUUUUUU